ACACGGCUGGUCAAGAAGAAUUCUCUGCUAUGAGAGAGCAAUACAUGAGAUCUGGAGAAGGUGAGAUUUUAUUAAAUAAAUUAUAAUAGAAGGACAAUGACAUCCAAAUGCUUUCGAUCAGGAUUUUUACUUGUGUUUAGUGUCACCGAUUAUGCCAGCUUUGAAGAAAUCUUCAAAUUCCACCGACAAAUCCUUCGUGUGAAAGAUCGAGAUGAGUUUCCAAUGCUUAUGGUUGGAAAUAAAUCUGACCUUGAAGCACAACGUGUGAUAUCAAUUGAGAAAGCACAAGAACUAAGUCGUCAAUUGAAAAUUCCCUAUCUUGAAUGCAGUGCAAAAGUCAGGAUAAACGUUGAUCAAGCUUUUUACGAGCUCGUUAAGAUCGUGAGAAAAUUCCAACUCUCAGAACGACCACUUGACUUCAAAGACGACAGCAAAAGGAAGAACAAGAAAAGAUGUUGCGUCUUAUAAUUUCAUUAACCAAACACUUGGUUUCUCUGCCGACAAACACAACAAAAUGAAGAAAAAUAAGCAUUUAACCUUUAUCAAAAUAUCCUUUCAAUUAGACCAACGAACGAACGUUUUCAUAUCUCAUUGGAAUGUGCCUAACUUAAUGAAAACAAAAAAAAUAAUUGACAAUUUAUUAUCAAAACUAAUUUUUGGCUUCCAUUUCAAAGUGUUCUAAAGAUAAUUUAUCUUUUAUAUCAAUUUUAUUCUACUCAAUUGGCUUCCAUUUUAAUUCGUUUUUUUACUUAAAUUCAUUUAAAUUGUUUGAGAAGAAACAAAAUUCUGAUUGACAAACAUAAAUUUUCAUUAAGGCAUAAAGAUUGGUGCUUUAUAUAAAGGAAAACAUGAAGAAAUUGUGUCAUUAAAUAUUUGAUGUUAAUAACAAAAGAAAAAUUAAUUACUUAAGGCAACGAAACGUUGAAAUGUGUCAAUACAUAUAUUUUUUGACCAGACGAUGUAUGUACUCAUAGAUUUAACAAAUCGUACUAAAACAGCAUAUUAAUUACACCAUUGUUGUUGUCACAAUAGAUUUUGUCUUAUUGCACAUUAUAAAUGUGCCUGCAACAACAAUAAUUACAAGAAAUUGGAAAAUCACUAAUUUUGAUAAGAGAAAAUAUUUGAUAAGUGUUAAGUCUUAUGGAGAAUAAUCUGUCAAUGUUACACAAGAAAGAAAUAUGUUCAAUGUAUCAUAAAUAAUUCUACAAUAAUGAUUUUAAUCAAUGGAAAAUAAAAAUGAAAGAGAAAUAUAUUCUUAAG